AUCUUUCACGCUUUCAGACUUCAGUUCAUUGAAUCAGAGUUCAUAUUCCUAAACUUUCGAAAUUCUAAUUGAUAAAUUUGAAUGAAAUAUCAUGACGGGGCGAGGAAGGCCACCCUCAGUUGCACUCCUUACAAAUAAUCAAAGAGGCACGACAGUCCAUGACAUGUCUACCGGGAAAAAGUCAGUGUCCAGUUCAAGUUCCAAGAAAAAAAGUACUUGUGACACGGAGCAACAGAAAGGGAACAAUGAAACUGAAAGUGAGUUGCAAAGUGAAUCGUCUACUUCAGCCUCAUUGCCAUUGCCAGUUGGAGUUGUUCCACUAAGAUCUACAAACACCCAAACAUUAGAUGCAUCUCGUCACUCACGAGAAUCUUCGUCUUCGUCCCUUACUUCAGCAUCUAGUAGUCAUAGUGUACAACAGGAUGUUCAUAUUACUCCACCUGUGACAGAAGGACAUGUCAAGAGGCUUGCCUACGCAUUAUCGUUCUUUACAUAUCAUGGACCUUCAAAGAAAGAAGGAAAUUCACUAUACACCUGCACAGUUAAGGGAUGCAAAAGAGAUAAACCGUUUUCCACCGUAGACAAUUCCAGGGGAAAUCUUCGUGCUCAUGUUAGAGUUACAUUCAGUCGUGUCAUAAGGAGAAGCUAGAGUAAUUCAAUACAGCUUGCAAGGAUCUUGAUGUUAAGAAGGCAAUGACCACAGGUUUACCUAUGCCAACCAAUAACAGUGCCAAGGACAAUCAGAAUCAGUUGGAGGGAAACAACGAAACGCGACAGAAAUCCUUAACUCAACCAAAGACUCAUUUUUCGGGUUACAGGAAACCCUUGACACAGAAGGAAUUGGACGACUGCGUUACGAAAUAUCUUUGUGACGGUGUCUUGCCUGUCUACCACACUGACACAGAAGCUUUUCUAAUGUUGGUGAAAACGUUGGCCCCCGAUGUAAAAUGAGAGGUCGGCAAUUUUUUCGGAAACGGAUUGCAGCCACGUACAGUAUCCUGCACAAAAAUCCGAAACCCGAUUUAAU